UAGCAAGAAUAACCAUCACGCGUGCUUUCUUGUUACGAAACUGACCAUAAUGGCAGCUGCUGUGACAAACCGUUUGCAAAUGCGCUGUAUCUUUUGGUCAAGACAGUGUGCACAGGUGUAUAGGAUACGACACAUAUGUAGGACAGAUAGAAGCUUUGCCACCAGGUCAGAUGAAGAGACCAGAAUUCCGAAAAUUUACACUAAAACUGGAGAUAAAGGAUUUUCCAGCACAUUCACAGGUGAGAGAAGACCAAAAGAGGACAGCAUCUUCGAGGCUUUGGGUGCAACAGAUGAGUUGUCGUCUGCCAUAGGUUUGGCCAGGGAGUUUUGCAAGGACAAGGAACAUCAAUUCAUUGAAGAGCUUGAGAAGAUUCAAUGUGUGUUGCAAGAUGUGGGAUCUAAUGUUGCCACCCCUCUAUCAUCAUCAAGGGAGAGUCACAGAGUGAAGACCAAGUUUAGUCCCCAGCCUGCGUUGGACCUCGAGAGUUGGAUUGACAAGUACACAGCGGAGCUGCCACCACUGACUAAUUUCAUAUUGCCUUCUGGAGGAAAGAGCAGCGCCUCUCUACAUGUAGCUCGUGCAGUGUGCCGCAGGGCCGAGCGAAGUGUGGCCCCUAUUGUUCGCUCAGGGGAGGCUGACCCCGAUGUUGCCAAGUUUCUAAACAGACUCAGUGAUUACCUGUUCACCGUGGCAAGAUAUGCUGCCAUGAAGGAGGGAGCAGCUGAAAGUGUGUACAGUCGACCUACAUAACACCCAUGUGUGUUCAGGAGAAAGGGACGAAAUCCCCAAAUCAUGCAGAGACCGGCUGUUUUGUAGUGUGAAAUCAAAGCAUGUAUUUUUAUUUGAUCUUCAACCAUAAAAUGUAUCAAGACAAACGCGCAGUGGAGAAGGUUUCUAUGUAAUUCCACAAGACAUGUCCGUAAAUCUGAACACCUUGCUUAGUCAGUUUUUUUAAGCACUCCUUAGAUUCAGCACUUCUAAUUGCAAAUAAUGUACAGUAGAGGGCUCUGGCCCUCCUCAGUGUAUCAGUACCCACCCUUCCCCUGGACCCAACACUCAGAUUCCUUAAGAUUUCCAGCUCAGAUCAGAUGAUACUCACACUCCAUCUCCUUUAUUGAUGUUAUUUAUAGGAUUUUGUACUUUUUAAAAAUAGAACUCAUUAAUGAUGCAGUUUGCUGUGAUUAAUCAUGAUGAAUCACUUUUUUGUUCUUCCUGAGAAAGGAUAUUUAAAUGUAAAGUCUUGGAAUUUAUGUAAAAUCAAAUGAACCCCAUUGAAACCGAUAUAUUGUUGUUUAAUAGCCAUUGGCUGCUCAAUUGAAAGGAAUUCUUAUAUGCAUUAUUUAUCAGAUUUAAUAACAAACCACAGGCCCAUAUGUUUAAGUGCCAGUUGCAUUUCAAAGCCAUCAA